AUGUACCUGGUCGAAUGGAUCCAUCCCGAUGGCGCGAUAUGCAGGACUCCCUACGGGCAAGAUGCGGACUUGGAUCACUUGCGGACGGUCCAUCCGACCGCUUGCAUCUACGAGAUGGAGCGUGCCGACGUGGAGCUCUUCUUUGGUCCACUCCCUUCUUAUCUCGAUGAUCCUAGGCCUAGGCCUAGGCCUGGGCGUGAGUCGCAGCCGGAGCCGAAGCCUAAGCUUCGGCUUGUCCCUGAGCGUGGGCUGAGGAUUGAGCUUGAGCCUAAGCCUAAGCCUAAGCCUGCGCCUAAGCCUGAGCCUAAACCUGGACCUGAGCCGAAGUCUGAGCCUGGGCGUGAGGGUAAGCGUGAGAGUGAGCUUGAGCCUGGAACUAAGCCAAAGCCAGGGCCAGAGCCAAAGCGGGUCAUCAAAAAGUUCAUCCCUCACAGGCCAGCAUUCGUGGAGAAAAGCCCCUACGGAUACCACAUCGUCGAGCCAGAGCCAAAGCCAAAGCGGAAAAUCAAAGAGUUCAUCCUUCACAGGCCAGCAUUCGUGGAAAAGAGCCCCCUCGGAUACCACAUCGUCGACAUUCGCUCUUUCCGAUGCUCAGAAUAUAGCAUGGAGAUACCCAUGCCAACCAAGUACGCUACGUCAAAUGAUAUGGUGAGAACUUUCAACUCGGAGCAUCCGAAGAAGCGAAUCUGUGAGGUCUGCCGACUUUUGUAUACAGAUGGCGAGGAUCUUCGCCUCCGAGAAGCGGGCGACAACUUUGGAGAAUUCUACGAGCGAACGGUGAAAGUCUCCCGUCGCUGGCUGUCCAUGCAGAAUUCCAUCUUGAAGGAAUACGAUGUCAGCGUUUGCGGGCCUGUCUGUGCCAGAGUGACGAGGAAGCUAUUCGCCUGGCCAGGCGAAGACGAGGACGUUGACGCCCUGCAAGCCGUGUUGGAAGAGAUGAUGAGACCGAGCAUUCCUCGGCGGCUGAAGCAGCGCCUCUCCCACCCCACCGAGCCCGCCGUGUUCCUUCCCAAGGGCUGGAGUGUCUUCGCCAGCUCUCGCGAGCGGAGCAUGUCAGGGAUUAGAAUCGGUUUCAAGUAUACCGCGGAGCAGCCUACGGGCCCAUGA